AUGAUUCUGGAUCAUCUGCCCACGGAAUUAUUACGAUUGAUAGCACAUUUUCUGGACAAGGAGAGCUAUAUAAACACAUUAUGUCGAGUCAACAACCGCCUUUACCAUGCUUUGAAUCCGUUUUUGUAUCGAUAUAACUGCCAGAGAAGCAACAGCUCGGCCCUCCUGUGGGCCGCCAAAGUUGGUAGCGAGGCUACCGCUCGACUCAGCAUUCGUGAAGGAGCUAAUCUUGAUCUCUCUGAGGAUGGCAGAACAUUAUUAUUACUGGCUGCACAAGGCGGACACACUGCAGUAGUAGUUCUUUUGCUCGAGACUGAAAACUUCAUCGAUUCAAAGGAUACAUACGGUCGCACAGCGCUAUCCCAAGCUGCAUUAUACGGUCACGAAAGAUUAGUAAAGUGGCUACUCCACACUGGCAAAGUGAAUGUCAAUUCUAAGGAUGAUCACGGUCAGACACCGCUAUUCUAUGCUGCAGAGGGGGGCCACGAAGCGAUAGUGAAGUUAUUGAUUAUGGAUGGAUCUUCGAAUUUUGAUAUCAAAGACCGUUUCUACGGUCAAACACCACUGUCUAUAGCUACAGCGAACGGCCAUAAAUCGACAGUAAAGCUGCUUCUUGAAACUGGAAAAGUGGAUGUCAAUUCUAAAUGUAAUAAUGGUUCCACACCAAUAUCCAUCGCUGCAACAAAAGGCCAUGAAGCCUUGGUGAAGCUAUUGCUUCAGACUGAAAAAGUCGAUGUUGAUAUCAAAGAUCAUGAUGGCCGUACACCAUUGUCUCAUGCUGCAAAUAACGGUCAUGAAAUAGUAGUAAGGCUACUACUUGAGAUAGGAAAAGUAGACGCGAACUCUAAGGAUAACGAUGGACGUACACCAUUAUGUGUUGCUGCAAUAGAGGGCCAUAAAGCUGUAGUGAAACUACUACUUGAGACUGGGAAGGUUGACAUCAACGCCAGAGAUGUCAUUGAUCGAACACCACUGUUUUGGGCUAUAUGCCGCAAGCACGAAGCAAUAGUCAAGUUAUUACUUGGAACUAAAGAUGUGGAUGUCAAUCUCACGGAUAACGAGGGCGUGUCGCCAUUGUCCCAGGCAAUAAAUAACCGCCAAAAGACAUUAGUCAAGCUGUUGCUUGCAACAGAAAACGUGGAUGUCAACUCUAGGGAUUGUAUCUAUGGCAACACGCCAUUUUCCUACGCACUAUCACCCGCACUAUCACAACGUGAUGAAGAGUAUAUGGAACUGCUACUUGAAACUGGAAACGUCGAUCUCAAUUGCAAGGAUAAUGAUGGUUAUACACCAUUAUCACAUGCUGCUAUACUUGGCAAUGUCGAGAUGGUACAAUUUCUGCUUGAAACUGGGCAGGUGGAUGUCAAUUCUGUUGAUAAUCUGGGUUUCACACCAAUGCGAUGGGCUGCAUAUCAAGGCCAUAAAGAAGUGAAGAAAUUGCUAGCUGAUGCUACUUUUGCUUCCCAAAGGUCCUCUAUGGCUUUGCACGGAGACAACCAGUUGACAAGUUAA